GGAAGGCCAUGGCAGACCGUGACCGCAUCGACGAUAUCCUUUCGGCGGUUGGGUAUGGCCGCUGGCAGAUACCCAUAUUAAUGGCUACCAUUGUAGCCAACACCAUUCCCCUGCACUACAUGGCCUCCUCGCUGCUGAAUGCCCCCAUGUCCUUCCGCUGCUUUGCGCCGGGGAGCUCCAACUCCUCCAAUUCGUCCUUCAGCGAGUUGGACAGCCUGGACAACGCCUGGUUCAACAACGAGUGCCUAGACCCUCAAGACAACGCCCACCUCGCAGACUCCGCCCACCUCGCCCACCUCGCCCACCCCGCCCUCAACCCCGUCGGGCCGCCCAACCGCCGUGCCACCGGGCUUCCCGCUUGCCCUGAGAUCGAGUAUGACUCCUCAGUCUACUCCCUUACUGUCAUCUCGGAGUUUGACUUGGUGUGUGACAGGGAGCGGUUGCGGCCGUUCUUCCAGAUGGUCAUAACGAUCGGCGCCAUAGCGGGGUGCUUCGUCGGGGGAUCCAUUAGCGACAGCAUGGGUCGCAAGAAGGCCAUGCAGAUCGGGUGUCUGCUGGGUCUGCCUUCGUGCCUGGCCGUGGCGUUUGUCCCGUGGUUCCCCGUCGUGCUGGCGCUGAGGUUCGCCAUGGGGAUCUCGGUGAGGAUGGUCAUGCUGUCCACCAUCAACCUCGCCAUGGAAACCUGCCCGCCACGGCACCGCACAGUCCUCGGGAUGUUCAUGGGACUCCCCUACUCCGCCUGCGUCAUCCUGUUCGCGCUGGUCGGCUACUUCGUCAGCCACUGGCGGUACCUGCAGCUGAUCUGGACCCUGCCCUACCUGGUCAUGACGCCCAUCACUCUGUUCGUGAAGGAGUCGCCCCGUUGGCUCGUGCAGAGCGGGAGCGGCAGGGAGGCGGCGGCAGAGCUGGCGGAGGCUGCCAGGAAGAACCGCGUCGAGCUCCCCUCCCGCCUCGCGUCUUACCUAGAGAAGAUGAAGGAGGAUACCUGCGGGUUAUCCGGCGGCGAGAAAGAAAAGGUAGCGCUGAAGCAGCUCUUCGCCGCGUCCUUCAGCAGCUAUGGCGAAUACCUGCGCUCACCUGCUAUGCUGAUCAUCAUUUUCAUUACACCUCUGAUGUAUUUCCUUAUGUGUCUCCUCUACUAUGGAAUCAUCCUCAACGUUAACAAUUUUACGAGCACGAAUCCCUUCCAGUACAUAGCCAUGUUAAGCGUGUUUGAGAUCGUGUCGGUGCUGCUGGCCACGCCCGUGAACCAGCUGGUCGGCCGCCGCCACGUGAUCGGGUCGACGCUGCUCCUCGCCGGGGCGCUCUUCCUCGCCGUCAUGUUCGUGCCCGAAG